AUGACGCCGACACCGCCAUCUACCACUUCAUCCAGCGCGGGCACCCAUUCGCCUGAAUUCAGGGUCAUUCGCAAACGAAACCGAGUACCUCUCUCAUGUGCACCCUGUCGCCAUCGGAAAUUGAAAUGUAACCGCUCCCAUCCUUGCGAAAACUGCGUCAAACGAGGUGAUGCAGCCUCCUGUAACUACGCUCAGGCCAGCACCCGCAAGAAGAGCUCCCCACAGCAGACGUCCCCGACCUCGCCCGAUGAUAUGCAAAACCGGAUUGACCGCUUGGAGGGGUUGGUCUUGUCAUUGAUGACAAAUGGUAAUCAGUCAGCUGGGCCAGCAGCUGCCUUGGCUGCAAUCUCGGGGGAGAGUAGUGCUGGGUCAACGGGGCUGUCGAACGAGAUCGAUAUUGAUGAUAUUGAAGAUGAUGCCGAGGGCAACCCGGAAGAAAGUGACACGGAACAGGUGACGAAAUCAUUCGGUGUGAUGAAAAUGGACAGCGGCAAGUCCUACUAUAUCAGUGAAGCCCACUGGGCUUCGGUGCUGAACGAUAUCGCCGAAGUGCGGAAUUUCUUCACAACCCAUAAGAAGCAGUUCGAGGAUCAGGCGGAGAAGUUGAAGGCCACACGGCCAGAAACGGACAACCCAGGGGGUUCUGCGCUACUAUUCGGUGCGAUGAAGCCAUUAAGUCGACCCGAGAUUAUGGCUACCUUGCCCUCCAAAUAUACAACCGACCUCCUCGUUGCCCGCUAUUUUAACAGCUACGACCCGGCAACGCAUAUUCUUCACGGCCCGACAUUCCAAGCACAGUAUAACAAACACUGGGAGGAUCCCACGCAAACGGAACUAGUGUGGAUUGCAAUGCUCUUUGCCUUGAUGAGAUUGGCGAUGCUCUCAUACUACCGAGAAGGCGACGAGCCUCCAGAGUUCCGGGGCAAGGCGAUGGACAUGGCAGGAACCUUCAGGAACUCGGUAGCGCAAUGUCUGACCUUGGCAGACUAUACAAAACCACACCGCUUCCUGAUCGAGGCCCUCGUAUUCCAUCUGUAUGGUGACUUCUCGCAGACUCGGGAUGCAGAAAUCUCAGUUUGGGUUCUAUCAGGCGUGAUUGCCCGUCUGGCGAUGCGCAUGGGAUACCAUCGCGACUCGAAAAUGUUCCCCAACAUCACGCCUUUUCAGGGUGAGAUGCGGCGUCGAGUAUGGUCCUUUGUGCGACAAGCAGAUCUCCUGUUCUCGUUCCAGGUCGGCAUGCCGAGUAUGCUCCGCACCACGGACACCGAUACGGAGUUGCCACGGAACUUGUAUGAUGAUGACUUCGAUGAAGACUGCAAAGAACUACCCCCAGCUCGCCAGCUAAGCGAGCCGACGCCAAUCUCUUAUUUGAUCACCAAGUCCCGUCUGUCAUACGCUUUUGGCCGGGUCAACGAGCACUAUUCGGCUGUCUCAUCCUCUUCGUAUGACAAAGUCAUGGAACUUGACGCUGAUCUGCGGCGAGGACGAGACUUGAUUCCUGAUCACUUGCAGAUUCGCCCCAUGGACGAGUGCCAGCUCGACCCCGUCAGUUUGAUCAUGUCGCGCUUCUCUGUAAUGACUGUUUACCACAAAGCACAAUGUGUGCUGCACCGACCUUAUCUCAUUCGCGCCCGAGAAAAUCCCCGCUUCACGUACUCCCGCCGCACCUGCAUCGAUUCGGCCCUCGAGAUUCUCGAGUUCCAGGCGAUCCUGCACGCAGAAACGCGUAAUGGGCGCCUUCGCGGCCACGCUAACCUUGUCACCUCUCUCAGCUCCGCUGAUUAUCUCCUCGCCGCCACGAUCGUCUGCCUGGACCUCUAUCAGAGCUACCAGGUUCAAGCCUCCAACCGACCCUCAGGUGACACCUACACAUGGGGCCGUGAAAGACGCGACGAGAUGGUGGCGGUGGUUCAGCGCUCAAAAGACAUUUGGGAUCAGAUGCGUGACGAGAGCAUGGAGGCGUUCAAGGCGAGCUCCGUGCUCGGAGUUAUGCUAACAAAGCUCCACAGCGCUGUUCCCGGGCUUGAGAAUGCCCCGGGCACUGGCGGUGCGAUCUUCGAGCCGCAGGACGAGAAGCAGAAUGCGGCGAUGACGCUAGGCUUGCUCAGUAGCGGUAUGAGCCCGAUGAACCCGGGCCCGGCUCCUUACACGGAUCCAUUGUUCAAGAUGAGCGACUCGCCAAUGCCAAGUGGCAUGUCGGCGCCUGCUGCUGAGAUGCCGGGGCCAUUAUCGCCAUUCAGUAGCAUGUUCGGGACCAUGCCCGACAUGCAGGUCAAUCUCGACUGGGACGCAUGGGAUACCUACAUUCAAAACCCAACCUUCGAUACCGCAAACCAAUUCUGGCCCAUGAUGGACUCCCAGCGCCAACCGACGCCGCAAUCGAUUGGAAUGACCCAACCUCCAGUAACGAGCCCCUUGGGAACCACCAGAACAUCGUCAAUGUCGAACGGUGCUUCUUCGCAACGUCUUCCCAAUAUCUUUUCACCACCAGGGCCAUCGCCUCAGAGUGGUACAUCCUCGGUACCUGGCUUUACUCCGAUGUCCUCACAGUCAGGCAACAGCGGUCGUAGCCAGGCUCCGAUGUGA